AUGUGGUCACUGAAGAGGUCGUGUGUUUUGGUCACUAAUCCAAUUUAUGGACACAAAUGGCAACAAUUGAAUCAAUUAAGCGCUAAAACAAAUAUAUUUCGUUUUAAUUCAAUUUUCGUCAACCAAUUGAUCCGAAAUGUGACUCAAACGAAGCCAUCAGUCGUUGCUUUGAGUGCGAGGAGUGUCUCGACCACAGAAACGACAACCAAAACCAAGUCAGCGCUGAAGAGUGAAUCUCAGCUCAAAUUGGCUCAAAUAUUAAGCAAUUGUCGCAUCGAUUCGUUCCCUCUCUUCAGAGACAAAGACAUGGAUUCAAAGCAAUUGGAAACCGAUUUCAAGCAUUUGUUUGAAUCGAUGAAAAGGUGUGAAGAGAACCAAUUGAAUCAAUUGGUCUAUUAUCCAAGCGUUACCGCAAUCCUCAGCACAACAAUGUCUGUCCAGUCUUUGGUCGCUUUGGAUAAGUGGAAGAAAUUGAAAAUCAGUCAAAUCGGUGAACAGGGGUUCAGAGAUUACCAGAAGAAUAUUCUAAGUCGAGGAAAACUACUUCAUCUGAAUAUCAAAAACUUUCUGCAAACUAGAGAUGAGUCGAGCCUUACGUUGAAUGAAAGCAUUGAGAAGUUGUGGACGAGUUUGUCUCACGUCUUGCCAGACAUUCGUGACGUCCAGUUAUGCGAGACUGCAGUCUCUCAUCCAUUCCUCUACUAUAAAGGUAUUGUCGAUUGUGUGGCCUUUUAUUCGGGAAAACUUGUCAUCUUUGAGUGGAAGACAUCCGAAAAACAAAAGCCCACUUUGAAAGACAUUUAUGACAAUCCCUUACAAGCGGUCGCAUAUAUGGGUGCCCUUAACUACGCCCCCGACAACUGCCAGUCCAUCAAAGAAGUGGUUCUCGUCUACGCUUAUGAGGACGGAUCCAAGUGUCAGAUCCAUCACUUAAACAGUGAACAGUGUGUGAAAUAUUGGGGCCAAUGGUUGGCACGAGUAAAAGCCUAUUGGGAUUUGAUUGCCUUUAAGUCAACCACUGGUUAA